GAAUUUUUGUAUAAAGCUCGUGACAUUUUGCGAGAUGCUGUUGGAAAUAUGUAUCUGAAUGAUAAAUCAACUGGUUCAGUGGUUGGACAACAGCCUUUCGGUGGAGCACGCAUGAGUGGAACAAACGACAAAGCUGGUGGCCCACAUUAUGCACUACGCUGGACUUCACCACUUUGCAUCAAGGAAACAUCGGUCCCCCAAACCGAAUGGAGAUAUCCUUCGAUGGAUUGA